AAUGGGUGACAUUAAGUGUUUAAACGGUGCUCUAGCGAGGAGAGAAAACAAGUACUUGUGUUACCAGAUGAUUCUUCGACUAAAAUGUGACUAAAUUAGGCCACGUUUGGGUGGAACACCUCAAAUUUAAUACGAGUGGCAGUCCGCGGAGAGGGCCGGUGUAGAGAAUGAGCGCCUUGCCUCGGCCUACUCGGGGACCGCUGCUGGGAUUGUGCACAUCUGCGCACUAACACUUGCUUUGUGCCUCAUAAUCACGCAGCCGUUGUUGGUUUCAUAGUGACCGACUAGCACAUGGGGCGAGCCAAGGCAACAUGAGUCAGUCAUACAGCCCGGCUUUCCGUUCAGUGUUUGGCUGCAGCAGCCAGCCGGAGUCGAGGCCCCGCAAUGGUUUUGUGGGCACCUCCUACAGAAAGCAGUGUGGCAUGGCGAAGCUCGGGUCGGAGCAGCCAUCGGUGUCCAACUGUUACAACCCGCUGAAGACGCUGCCUGACUUUAAUGCUGUGGUCAAGAAAGUUGACCACCAUGCUAGGAAUUACUUACACCCUUCAAGCCCAGUCCGGCAUGAUGACAAUGAUGCAUUUGAGCCACCGUCUGUCCUUCUGCCUCCCUCACCAUACAACGAUAACACCUCAUUUGAACCUCUGCCACUUUUCAACAGGAAUGGCUUCCUCCCUCACAGUCCGGACAGCCUAGAGUGUUGUUCUCCCACCUCAAACGGAUACCUGCAUUUUGGCACGACAUUGUUUGACAGCAUUGACACAAAGCAGCUGCAACGCGAUCAUGUUGCGCACAACAAACGGAGUGAGGUCUUCAACCCUUAUCACCACACUUGGGAGCACGCUGUUCCAGGCUCUCGAGCCUCAAACAUUUCGGGCUCAGACACAAGGACAUCCAAACCUACUGUUUUUAACCUGAUGUCAAAAACUAUAUCGGAACUCAACCCUACUCUGACCGACGCGCUGCCAGACAUCCCCAUGAGAGACGGGUGGAGCAUGAACGAGGAAUCGGAAAGCGAUGGGGAACUUGGCUCUACUGAUCAUGGCUUUAUUUCACCAUCUGGCAACAACUCUGAUUCCAAGAGUGCAAAAACAAGGCCUCCUCCAUCAGUGGAACAUGUGGAUGGCGAGUUGGUGUGGGCAAAGUUCAACAGACGGCCCUGGUGGCCCUGCCGAGUUCUCUGCGACCCUCAGUUGGGCCUCCACACCAAGAUGAAAUUGCACAGUCCCCGCCCCUGUCGCAUGUACUUCCUGGAGACGAUUGGCGAGAUGAUCGAGUGUGCUUGGGUCCCAGGGAAAGCCAUUAUUCCUUUCAAAGGAAGCUAUCAGUUUGAUGACCUACCCAAGCUGAGACCGAGAGGGAAGCAGAAGGAGAAAGACUACAAGUACAUGGUACCCAAAAGUUUGCAGUCUGCAUGGGAUGUCAGCGUGAUGGAAGCUGAACAUUUGCUCUCCGCGCGGCAAUGGAAUGCCAAGUGUUAUCCUGCAGUCUCUCUCAAUGGAGAGGGGUCACUACAUGGCCCACCUCAGGAGACCUCCUCUUUCAAUGAAGAUGCUGGGGAACUCAUAUCCCCUCAUACUGUUCCCAGAAGCACUGAGCACCACAUUGCCAAAAACUCAGCAGGAACACUGUCCACUGAGAGCAAAACCUGCCAAAAGAAAAAAAAAUGUCUGUCAGACAUAUUUGGGCAUAUUAUCAGCGGGUCAACGGUAUCACCGGACUUCACAGAUACACUGGACCUUCGUACACCAAGCCAGGCACUGCAAGAAGACCCUGACGUGGCCUCACCUUAUACGGAUCUGGAAACUGUUCCUGUGUUGCAUUGUCCAAAGCGCUUAACGUCGUCUCCAGUGCAGGAACUGGACAAGCCCUUCGCACAAGUAAAAACGAUGUUCACAGAAACAGUCCAGCAUUCUGAAGAUGCACAUAAUUCUGAUUGCGCUUUUUCCGACAUUUGGGACCGUAAAAAUCACAGAUUAAAGGACGAUGAAGGAACUUCACACAGACCAAUCAAAAAGCCACCUGCAAAUCUGCUUGGCAGUGGUCGUCUCGAGACGACAGCCGUGGAAGCAGAGGAAAAGGCUGAGCUCCAAAAUGCACGGGCUGCAAGCCAAAUGUCAGGCCACCCUCAUGAUUGUCGUCUGAAAGAACCCCGUGAUUCAGCUCUGUUAAAAACUGUAACGUCUCCCUGCUGGGAAUCAAUCACUGAUAAGUCAUGCUGUGUAAAUCAGAGGACUCCAAAAAAGCGUACGAGGAAGCCUGACAAGAAAAAAAAUAGUGUUGGUACAUUAAUAAAGUCUCCUAAUGUCCACCAAAGGGAUUCCUUUCCUCAUCCCGUUCGAAUCAAGACGGAGAAUGUUAGCCCUGUUAGCUCUUCAUCUUCCUCCCCCUCUUCAUCAUUGUGUCCCAUGGAUGCGUUCCUGGAUAUGAAGGAAGUCACAUUUAAGUCUCUUGUUGACGAGAACGGCGACUCCCAGCUUGCGGCAUUUCGGCCCGAUUCUAGUUAUAAAUUCAGUACCUUCCUCAUGCUCCUCAAAGACAUUCAUGACACGAGAGCAAAGGAGGGGAAGCCCCUGGUUGUCCCACCACCACCUCUGCUGAUCAAAAAGGAGCCUUUAGUUAUUCCUUCUCCUCCGUGUAGUGAGCCACUGAGGGGGUCUUCUGGCACUUUGAGCCCAGCAAUCAAAACAGAGAUUGCAAAGUCGGGAAAAUGCUCAGCAGUGAAAACCAAGUGGAGGACGAAAUCAGCCGGCACUUUUCAAUGUGAAAAAUUUCCUUUGCGGUUUGAGAACUCUGACAAACAACGGCGAAAACAGAGACUUCCUGCCAAAGUGAAGCUUCAGUUACCUGGCCUUUCCUCCGACAUGGCCGAUUUGGCUUUCGGCAGGGAAUUCGUCAGUGGCCACGCUGAUUUAGCUGAAUUCGAUCAUGCGGUUCCCUGUGAUCCCGCUGCCACUCACCUUGACAAGAGGUCCGAAUCUCCCAUUGCCCCAAAGAAGCGCUGGCAGAUGGUUGAGGAGAACGAGAUGAACGGAUCAUACGCUACGAGAGCAUCUCCAGAUUUUCAUUUGGAUGGUGAGAGGCUGUCAGACAAUAACUCAUUCUCUGAGGAAAGCAGUUCAGCCGGUCAUUUUGAGAACAAACGCCUCCGGAAACCAACUAAAAGACUCCUGGAAUCCACGGAGGAAUAUGAACACAUUUUCGCCCCAAAAAGGAAAUCCACAAAAGACAUCUUAGACUCACCCGAUACGGUUCUUUAUAAUGCCAGUGAUAACGUGUCACCGGUCCUGGAUCUCAGAAUCACAUCGGAGACACUUGGCUCACCAUCAGUCUCCAUGGCGCCUCCUACGACUCCAGCUACAAAGGCGCAUGGUCAAUCUCAGGAUCAAUGCCCCCCUGAUGGGCUGCCUACCUCCCCAGCCCCAACUCAACCCUCUCAUGAUGCGGUCACAGCCGAAGAAGCUAAUCUACUCCCAAAAUCUGAUUCAGAAAGAAAAAGGCCUCGGAAGCUGUCUCAAAAGGUUUUGGAUUGUACCAUUGAAGAAGUGUCCGUCUCUCCAGAGGAGGAGGAGCCAAAGUACCCUCUGAACGUUCUCUCUGAAGUGAAAGUGUUGGUUGAGAAAACUGUGAUACCGCAGAAGCUUAACAUUAAGGAACAUCUGCUUGCGCCUGUAAAGAAAGAGAAAUCUGCUCCCAGCACAUCUUCCGUACCUUUUACCACCACUCCAACCUCUGAGGCUGACGAUGUCAAGGUUGUCAUUCCGAACAAGUCCCCAGAGCCGAAGGCCAAGUUGAUGCCCUGCAGCCCUGAAGAGAAACAUGACACAGACACCGAAACUCCCAAAGCUGAGGUGCUUGAUGCCAGUUUGAUGGACAGCCCAUGUUCCCAAGUGGAUGUCAAAGGGAAAAUAGGUGUUGUUUCCUUUAAGGAGAAUGUCUGCCAGGUGUGUGAGAGGACAGGAGACCUUCUGGUAUGUGACGGCCACUGUUAUGGAGCCUUUCACCCACAGUGUAUUGGUUUGUCUGCAGCGCCCAAGGGAAAAUUUCUCUGCCAACAGUGCACCUCCGGUAUUCACACGUGCUUUGUGUGUAAGAAGUCCGGUCACGGCGUGAAGCGGUGUAUGAUCCCCCUGUGUGGAAAGUUCUAUCACACUGACUGCAUCAUGGCCUUCUCAGCCACGCAGCGCCAUAACAAAAGCUUCCGCUGCCCCUUACACGUUUGUUUGUCGUGUCACAUUGCCAGUCCUCUCAAUGCUUGCAGCUCCAAAGGACGUUUGGCUCGCUGUGUGCGCUGCCCCGUAGCUUAUCACGCUAAUGACAACUGCAUGGCAGCCGGCAGCCUGGUGCUGGCCAAUAACGGUUUUCUUUGUCCAAACCACUUCACUCCUCGGAAGGGCUGCAAGAACCAUGAGCACAUCAAUGUUAGCUGGUGCUUCGUGUGCUCUGAAGGAGGCAGCCUGCUUUGCUGUGAAGCCUGUCCUGCUGCUUUUCAUCAGGAAUGUCUCAAUAUGGAGAUGCCUCAAGGCAGCUGGUUCUGCAAUGAUUGCAAAGCAGGAAAAAGGCCGCGGAUCAAGGACAUACUGUGGGUCAAAUGGGGACGUUACAGGUGGUGGCCUGCCGAAGUGUGUCUGGCCAAAGAUGUCCCAAAUAACAUCUUGAGGAUGAAACACGAGGUCGGGGAGUUCCCGGUGCAAUUUUUUGGCUCCAAGGAUUUUGUAUGGACUUACCAAGCCCGUGUGUUUCCCUACAUGGAGGGUGACACCCACAACAUUGAGAAAAUGGGCAAGGGGGCCGACGCUGUGUAUAAAAAGGCCUUGAUUGAAGCAGCGGAGAGAUUCAAAGAGCUUCAAUCCGAAAAGGAAAUGAGGCAGCUUCAGGAGGACAGAAAGAUUCAUAAGAAACCUCCUCCAUAUAAACACAUUAAGGUCAACAAGCCAAUUGGGAAGGUACAGAUCAUCACAGCUGACUUAUCUGAGGUCCCACGCUGCAACUGUAAGGCGUCAGACGAGAACCCGUGUGGCGUGGAUUCGGAGUGCAUUAAUCGCAUGCUGCUGUACGAGUGCCAUCCUCAAGUUUGCGCUGCUGGGGAGCGAUGUCAGAACCAGACCUUCACAAAACGCCAGUACACGGUUGUCGAGAUAUUCAGGACACUGUCGCGUGGGUGGGGCUUGCGCAGCGUGUCCGACAUCAAGAAGGGAGCUUUUGUGAGUGAAUACGUGGGCGAGGUGAUAGAUGAAGAAGAAUGUCGGGCCCGAAUCAAAUAUGCUCAGGAAAAAGACAUCUUUAACUUCUACAUGCUGACAUUAGACAAGGACCGAAUCAUCGAUGCAGGCCCCAAAGGGAAUCAGGCUCGCUUCAUGAAUCACAGCUGCCAGCCAAAUUGUGAAACUCAGAAAUGGACUGUGAAUGGGGACACCCGCGUGGGACUGUUUGCUUUGCAAGACAUCCCAAAAGGUGUGGAAUUAACUUUCAACUACAACCUCGAGUGUCUUGGCAAUGGCAAAACGGCCUGUAAAUGUGGAGCACCCAAUUGUAGUGGCUUCCUUGGUGUUCGACCAAAGAACCAGCCACCAGCGGAAAAAAUAAAGGAAGGGAAGAAGAGAGGGGCCAUGAAGAAAAAAUCCAAGCAAGAGGUGACGAAAGAAAGGGAGGAUGAGUGCUUCAGCUGCGGUGACGGGGGCCAGAUCGUGUCAUGUAAGAAGCCCGGUUGCCCGAAGGUCUACCACGCUGACUGUCUCAACCUGGCCAAGAGACCUGCAGGUCGAUGGGAGUGUCCAUGGCACCAGUGUGACAUCUGCAGUAGAGAAGCGGUUUCAUUCUGUGAGAUGUGCCCCAGCUCAUUCUGCAAAGCACAUCUCGAUGGCAUGCUCUUCAUCUCCAAGCUGGAUGGCAAGCUGUCCUGCAGUGAGCAUGACCCCUGCGGGCCCGACCCCCUGGAACCAGGCGAGAUCCGCGAAUACGUGCCAGGCGCGACCGCCUCAAAGCUCUUUGCUGCGCCAGCUGUUUCUGCAGUUGCAGGAUCUGUAGGUUCUUCCCCCGAUGCCUCACAUGGUGGUCGGGCUGGCUCAGCCACUUGGAAGCCUCCUCCUCCUGCUCCUCCUCGUCUUUACAUAAACACAAAGACGGCUACCUCAAGCUUCAUCCCCUCCAGCGGGUCUUACCUCACAGACGAGACUGAAGAGAAAGCGUUUUCCAGCCCAACGUCCUCCAAGGGUCAGAGCGAGGAUGGCGAGAUGGAAGAAGGAGAGGUGUGUGGGGUAGAAGUAGACCUGGAUGGCGACAUGGAUGAUGAUGAAGAUGAUGAUGAUGAUAAUGACGACGAUGAUGAUGAAGAUGAUGAUGAACCGGAUGAUAAUGAUGUUGGAGAGAUAGAGUUAGUGGAAGAUGAGCCGUUGUACGGAGGCAGUCUCGAGGAGGAGGAGCCGGACGUUUAUGGCAGAUGGAGUGAUUAUGUUGAAGAAGAUGCUGGCGAUGAAGACGUCGAAGAGGAUGUCUAGGGCAGAAGAGAAGAUGAUGACAAGUGACACAUUGUCACCUACUUUACUCAAAUGCAAUAUUGCCUUCUUAUCCCAGACAGCUGCACUGACUGGGAUUCGUAUCGGUGCAAAUGCCUAAGGGGCACAUUCACUCAGUUUCUACUUUUUACGCUUUCUUUUUACUUCUGUUGAUAUUUGUUUAUUUGUGUCUGGUGCAUCUAGGUUCAGCUGUGCAUUCUAUUACACAUUGUUUACAUCUGACUUUUUAAAGACAUUUUUAAAUAUAAAGAUCAAGAUUUUCUUUUUUAUUUGACAAAACUAAUCACAAGGGCAUUUUGUCAUUACCGUCUUUAACAUUGUCUAAAGAAAAAGAAAAAAAGCAAGCGUGGUCAUUGGAACACUCUCAUGUCAUUGUUUUCAUGUUUUAAUUUGACCCAAUUGCAAAAAUAAACACACUGGAGUCAUUGAA